CAGAGGCGAUGAAACUUCCAUUUCUUCUGCUAUAAAUCUGGCUUCAUCCAUGGAUAUAUUCCAACGUUCAAAGCCAUCCAUAACCCAUUCCAAGAUAUGGCAGCUUCUACUUCUCAUCGCCUCCUCCUCCUCCUCUUCUCUCUUCUCUUCCUCUCCUCCGCCGCCAUAGCCGCCGCAUCAUUCCGGCCACGAGCACUGGUUCUCCGCAUCAUCAAAGAUGAGUAUUCUCUCCAGCACUACACCUACCUCGCGCCACGAACUCCUUUCAUCGCCGUCAAAGUCACGCUGGAUCUCGGAGGACAGUUCCUUUGGGUCGACUGCGACAAGGACUAUAACAGCUCUUCUUUUCGGCGGGUCACUUGCGGCUCCGCCCUCUGCAAGCUGUCCGGGUCCCGCGCCUGCGGCGGCAACACCUGUGUACUUAGUCCAGACAACACCGUCACGGGCACCGGCACCAGCGGCGAUUUUGCCCAGGACGCUCUGACCAUCCAGUCCACCGACGGCGCCAACCACACCGAGCUAGUGUCGGUGCGUCGCUUCCCUUUCACCUGUGGCUCCACGUUCCUGUUGAAAGGCCUUGCCGAUGGCGCCCUUGGAAUGGCGGGGCUUGGAAGGACCGCCAUUUCGAUGCCUUCCCAGUUGUCCGCCGCUUUCAGCUUCCCCAGAAAGUUCGCCGUCUGCUUGAGCCCUUCAUUGCACGAUAGUGGAGUUGUUUUCUUCGGCGACGGCCCCUAUAUUCUUCUCCCGAAGAAUAUUGACGUCUCGAAGCCUCUUCUCCACACCCCACUGAUCAGAAACCCAGUUAGCACCGCCUCUGGUUAUUUUGAAGGUGAGCCAUCUUCAGAUUACUUCAUCGGAGUGAAGUCCAUCAAGAUCAACGGCCAAAAAGUUCCCCUGAACCAAACCCUCCUCUCCAUCAACAAGAAAACCGGCUAUGGCGGAACCAAGAUCAGCACCGUCAAACCCUACACAGUAAUGCAGACAUCAAUCUACAAUGCCGUCACUCAGGCCUUCAUCAAACACCUUGGCGGUGUCUCGAGAGUUAAAGCUGUGGCACCAUUCAAGGCGUGCUUCAGCUCCAAAGGAAUCGGCAGCACCCGAGCUGGGCCAGCGGUGCCGGCCAUUGAUCUGGUGCUGCAGAGCGAGAGCGUGUACUGGAGGAUCUUUGGAGCGAAUUCCAUGGUGAGAGUGAAUGAAAACGUGAUGUGUCUGGGGUUUGUGGAUGGAGGGGAAAACCCAAGGACUUCCAUUGUGAUUGGAGCGCAUCAGAUUGAAGACAAUCUUCUGCAGUUUGAUCUGGCGGCAUCAAAGCUCGGCUUCAGUUCUUCUCUUCUGCUCAAGGAAACUAACUGUGGCAGCUUCAACUUCACUCCCAAGCAUCCCUAUUAGAAAUCUCUGUUUCAUAUAUAAAAUAAAUAAAAUUAUGCCCAUCACGAUCUUGACUACUUCCAUCUACUUAAAUAAUAAUGUGAUUAUCAACACGUGUAAGUGUUCUCUUGUUUGGAUCAUGAACUCUUGCUUCCACUUUAAUUAAAUAAAAUAAAUACACUCCAAGUGGUCUCUUA